AAAUGUGCCGACGGGCCGGGGCUCCGCAGGGUCAGUCCCGGCGGCGCAGCCCUCCGAGCCCAGAGCCUCCGUCGGCGGACCGGCGCUCAGGGUGUGUCGGCCCCCGCGAGCUCUCCGAGGCGUGAGGCGGGAGCCAGAGCCCGCAGGUCGGGGACACCCAGCGCAGUGUGCCUGCUAAGCUGCUGCGCGCUCGGGCGCCCAGCUGGACUGUGGACAGCCGCUGGGUGCCAGUGAGCUAAGCUAGCGGAUUGCAGCAGAAAAGCAAAGAUGUCCCAUUGGCUCCUUUGCCUCCAGGACCCACUAAGGUGAGAAUAAGAUCUUUGGCUGGUUGGAACUAGCCUAAGACUGUAAGGCAGCCAUGGAUAUGGCAUAUGACCUACUCAAUGGCACCCAAUCACUGUUCUCCUCUCUAUUUGACCUCAAUGGCUCGGUGGCAGCAGCCAAUGGCUCAAACCAGACAGAGCCAUACUAUGAUCUGACCAGCAAUGCAGUCCUCACAUUCAUAUAUUUUGUGGUCUGCAUCAUUGGGUUGUGUGGCAACACGCUUGUCAUUUAUGUCAUCCUCCGCUAUGCCAAGAUGAAGACCAUCACCAACAUUUACAUCCUCAACCUGGCCAUCGCAGAUGAGCUCUUCAUGCUAGGUCUGCCCUUCUUGGCCAUGCAGGUGGCUCUGGUCCACUGGCCCUUUGGCAAGGCCAUCUGCCGGGUGGUCAUGACUGUGGAUGGCAUCAAUCAGUUCACCAGCAUUUUCUGCUUGACUGUCAUGAGCGUUGACCGAUACCUGGCUGUGGUCCACCCCAUCAAGUCGGCCAAGUGGAGGAGACCCCGGACAGCCAAGAUGAUCAACGUGGCUGUGUGGGGAGUUUCUCUGCUGGUCAUCUUGCCUAUCAUGAUAUACGCAGGGCUUCGGAGCAACCAGUGGGGGAGAAGCAGCUGCACCAUCAACUGGCCAGGUGAAUCAGGGGCAUGGUACACAGGGUUCAUUAUCUACGCCUUCAUCUUGGGGUUCCUGGUGCCCCUCACCAUCAUUUGUCUUUGCUACCUGUUCAUUAUCAUCAAGGUGAAGUCCUCUGGAAUCCGAGUGGGUUCCUCUAAGAGGAAAAAGUCUGAGAAGAAGGUCACCCGGAUGGUGUCCAUAGUGGUGGCUGUCUUCAUUUUCUGCUGGCUCCCUUUCUACAUAUUCAAUGUCUCCUCUGUCUCUGUGGCCAUCAGUCCCACUCCAGCCCUUAAAGGCAUGUUUGACUUUGUUGUGGUCCUCACCUAUGCUAACAGCUGUGCCAACCCCAUCCUGUACGCCUUCCUGUCUGAUAACUUCAAGAAGAGCUUCCAGAAUGUUCUCUGCUUGGUCAAGGUGAGCGGCACUGAUGACGGGGAGCGGAGUGACAGUAAGCAGGACAAGUCCCGACUGAAUGAGACUACAGAGACCCAGAGAACCCUCCUCAAUGGAGACCUCCAGACCAGUAUCUGAACUGCCUGAAAAAUAAAUAAAUAUAACACCAAGCUCUGCCAAUUGGCAAUGUACCCCCUACCCCCACCGACUCGCGCCCUCCUGCCCAUCACACCUGGCUUCUAGAAUAGGGAAUUGCUCAGCAUGAGUUCAAUUCAGGGAAGAGUGUUUGAGUUGGCUUGUCUGAGUGAAUGAUUUGUAUUAAAUUGAUUAACUCCCCCUUGAAAGUGAACAUUUAAAUGCAGGCAGACAAUUCAAAGUCUGGAAAAGAGGCCAUCAUGCCUUUGAAAUGUUGAAACUCAACAAACAUAGAAAACUGUACCUGAGUUUGUGUGUUUAAAACCCAGUAUGUAAUCUUGUGUUCUUAUAUUUAUACUUGUGUAUCCCUGCCUAGUCCCCGUGCAGUCAUGAUCUACAUUUCCUGUGUUCAAAUACACAAGUAGCAAAUUCAAGUGUGUGUUGUGCAGGUGGACAUUUGUUACAAUACAGUACCCAUGGAAAUGGACUCUCAUGAAGCCAAUAAAGUUUAAGCUUCAGGGAUCUCGCUUGCUUGGGCAGUAUGUUUACAUGGCCAUGUGUCUUUAUAAGAACUUAUAAAAGGAAGAUUUUUUUUGUACUCUUUUUCUUAAAGGGGGCUUCUUAAAUUGUAUAACCCUCCAGUCUCACCAACACUGUAUCUGCCCCUGGACAUUUGCUUCAUUCAUUUCAGACAAGCUAUAUCCAGGUGAGAAGGGGAAGAGAGAAGGUAUUUGAGGACCCAGAACAUUGUCAAGUUGCUUUAAUUUUUCUUAGGGAGCCAAGGAAAAGAGGGGUGGGGUGUGGAUCACUAACAUGAAAGUCAAGAGACAGACUAUAAUUCCUAUGGGAAAACAAUUUUCUCUACUGUAAAAAUAAAUGAGUAAGAAUGAAGCAAAAUUACAGCUUUUAAAGAAACCAUGGAAUUGGAGGGGGGGGGG